AUGAAUGGAGCAACAAGUAAGAACAACAAUCGAGAAUCAUCAUCAUCGCUCCUACUCAACGAAACCUAUUAUUCCAUCCAACAAGUAGAAGAACCACCCAUCUCACCAAUCACCACCACCAACAACAACCACCAUCCGACCUUUCAUAGCUAUUCUGGCACGAGAAUGAAUUCAUCACGACGCCAUUUUCCUUUCAAUAGUAAUAAUAACAACAAUAACAACAAUUCAACCAACUUGUCCCAUUCCUAUCAAAUCACCGUCCAAUCCACCACUCCCAAUCGGAAUAUCAUCCACCCGAAACCAAAAACUUCCCAUCUUUCUACUUCUUAUAAUCCAUAUAGAAAUGAAGCCUUCUCUCCGAAUAGUGGCCAUUCUUCAAGAUUACAUCAACCUCCAAUGGGAUCACUUUAUACAAGUUCUUUUGAGGAUAAACAUCAUACAAGUGAUUAUUUUGAGGAUGUUGAGGAAGAGGAGGACGACAAUAAUUUGAAUCCUAAUAAUACACCCAUUGUGGUCAAUGAUGGAAAUGAUAAUUAUUAUGCAAUUGGAGCUGGAGAAGCAGGGUUUUAUUAUGACAUUGAUGACAACAAUGUUGGAAUGGGGCCUUUGGAACACGAUGAUGAAGAUGAGGAAGCUGCCUUAUUGGUGGAUGGAAGUCCACAAGAUUAUUACAAAAAUAAUAAUAAUUAUCAACACAUUGAUGAGAACGCAGGUAAUAAUAGAGCACAAAUUAGACGUAUACCGAAUACGAAUAUUUCGAAAAAGGUCAAUAAGCCUGAAGCAAGUUCAUGGCUUUCAAAAUUAUGUUGUUGCUUUAGACAACGAUCUCAAAAAAAAGAUUUUCAAAGAAUGUUCAAGUUUGAACAAUUGUUUUGGAAAGAUCAACAACGAAAAGCACUCUACAAAAAAGAUGCAUCUACAUGGAGACUAUUCUUUGUGACAAUGUGUUUUUGUGCUCUUCAGUGUUGUUGGUCUUUACAAAUUGCUCAGCUGACACCCUUAGUUUUAGAAAUGAAUUUUCCUAAACUGUGGAUAACGAUCGUGUGGCUAUGCGGCCCAAUUUCAGGAAUUUUAGUUCAACCCAUUGUGGGUAUUUGGUCAGACAAAUGUAGAAGUAGGCUAGGAAGAAGAAGACCAUUUAUUUUGACAGGUGCCAUAUUUAUUAUAUUGUCACUGUGCUUUAUUGCAAACUGUUUAGACAUAGGAUAUGUGCUGGGAGACACAGCAGACUAUAGUCCCUGGUCCCUUACUUUUACGAUAUUAGGAUUUUGGGUACUAGAUAUCGCAAAUAAUACAUUACAAGGUCCCUGCAGAGCUCUUGUGGCCGAUAUUGCAACACAGAACAAGCAAGAUAUUGCCAAUGCUUGUUUUACCUUCUGGGUAGGGCUUGGCAACAUUAUUGGCUAUGGUAGUAGUAUGAUUGACUUUUCCCAAUUCAUACCCAUGUAUGCCUCCCCAAUCUGUCACAAAAAUUGUGUCAAUUUGAAAGUUGCUUUCUAUAUUGCAGCUGUUAAUGUUGUAUUAUGCUGUACUUUUACUCUACUAUUUGCAAAAGAAUAUACUCUGGAAUCAUUAGAAAACACAAUUACACCUACGAACAAGAAAAAAGAAGCUUCUCGAUUGAAAGAAGAGGACAUGAUAUUUUCUAAAAGACUGAAGAGAUUUUGCUGUCAUCCCAAUCCACUCAAAAGACUCAUUGAUUAUAUUUAUAACAUACCGCGAGUCAUGAAAAUACUCUGCUUAUUUCAAUUCUUUUCAUGGAUAGGUUGGUUUGCAUUUCUGGUCUAUAUUACAGAUUGGGUUGGAGAAAGUGUUUUCAGAGGGAAUCCUGAUCCACAGCAUCCUGCCUAUCAACUUUAUGAGACAGGUGUCAGAUUUGGAUCCAUUGGUCUUGCUGGCUUUUCUAUUGUGAGCAUGUUUAUAUCACCAUUUAUUCCAAGACUCUCUAAAAACUAUGGUACUAAGGCAUUGCUAUUCUUCUCUCAAGUAUUUUUGAGUUUACUGUUGUUGAUGACGUUUUUUAUCAGAAACAAAUAUUGGGCAAUAAUUCUGAUUUCCUGUUUUGGUUUACCAUUUUCCAUCACGAAUACUCUGCCCUUUACCAUAUGCUCAACAGCUGCCAAUGACUUUAAUAAGGGUACUUUUAUGGGUAUUCUGAACAUUUUCAUUGUGGUACCUCAAUUGAUCAUGUCUCUAUUUAACCCUUUAGUGGUUUAUGUUUUUAAUGGAUAUACAGUAGCAACAUUGGUAGGCGGUUCGAUUUCAAGCUUAUUCUCAUCUGUUUUGGUUUGCUUUAUCCGCAUUAGAAAACCAAAGAGAAAUAAUACGACGAGAAAGAGACGAUUCAGUCAGUUCUGA